AGAACAUCCUUCGAUAAAUCUGCACCGCCUCAGCAGGCUGAUACUGCACUGUGCCCCUUCUCUAUGCGAUUUAGAUGAAUUGUCUGGACGAAUUCGCCGCAAGCUCCUCCGAAGAUGGCGCUAUUUAAGGCACACUGGGCCGUACCGAGCUUAAUGAUCGGCUGUCUUUUGUGCGGUAUAGCUUUUGCGCUCGGCCACCAUUUCUUCUACUCAUCUCUGAAUGCAAAAAUUGUACAAAGCAACAUCGAACAAGAAUGGAACAUUCGCAUCGGAACUGGCAUGGCUUUUCUAGUCAAAACUUGUCUGACAGCAGCUGCUGGAUUUGCCUAUACACAACUACUGUGGACAACCUUACGAUCCCGUCAUGCAACCUUGAAAGGAGUAGACGCCAUGUUCAGCGUCACUACUAAUGCGUGGGAAUUUUUAACUCUAGAGCUCUGGCGAAAGGGGUUUGGGUUAGUGCUGAUUGCUGGCAUUUUAUGGGCGCUACCUAUUGUUGCCGUUUUCACCCCCGCGGCACUGACAGUUCAGCCAUCUAAGCAACUGAAUGAGACAAAACACAUUAAGCCCUUGCCCACAAUAAACUCAACUAGCCCGUAUCCGUUUGCCCAAUGGGGCAACGAAGGUGGCGGCGGAUAUGUUGCCCCUUCCGUUGCGGUCGCCCGACUGGUCUCGUCUGUGGCAUCUCAAGGAACCAUUCUUCCCAUACAGGCACCGUAUGCCAAUAGUUCAUACUCUCUAGACUUUUACGGUCCCUCUCUAUCAUGCGGACCAUUGGGGGGCAAUUCUGCAUUCCAUGCCGCUUAUGAUAAAACUUUCCAAGAAGCAUAUGGAUCAAUUUGGGGAAUGUCUAAUCAAGUAGUUACAUACUUCAGUUUUGUUCCCCAGACGGCACGAGAUAACAAAACAGGAGAUACCAUCAUUAACUGGGAGAAUAGAACAUUGAGUGGUUUGCGGGCAAUUUUCGACCCCCAAACCAUUCUCGACUUAAGUGGGAAUUUGGCCACUAUUGACGACACGGCGAGUUCCGCAGACCACCAAGCUCGCUGCCGAUUUUUCGUUGGAUUUCCAACAUACGGCUCAUUCGCAAAUAGGACUAUAGAAUGCGGGCUCUAUAAUUCGUCUUAUAGCGUCGAUUUAGGAUUCGAGAACGGCAAACAGACCAUCAACAUCCGCAACCUGACAAGGCUCAACCCAGUUAGUGUUGCCACCGUAACGGGCCAAGGUGACCAUACACUCCCUGAGGUUGCCUAUGUAUCUAUUAUGGACUCAUUGGGCGGCAUCCUAAUGGGUAAAAUUAUCGCAACGCGUUAUGGCUCCCUUCAACCAGUACGAACUCAAGUUCUGUCUACCGUACUCACCCAGACUCACGAUAUGCAAUAUUUGCAAAAUGGUUUCGGCCAGACAGGCAUCCUGGGUGAGAAAUCUGGAAACGGCACCAAUCUCACCAUGGCAGAGACGUUGGAACAACUUGUAUCCAACAUCACCUUGAGUCUCUUCAGCAACCCAGAUCUACUGCGUAGUCUUGAUAACAGUACAACCGGAAAUGUCACGGAAUGGACUUCUCUAAAUGAAUAUUCCUACAACCCACGCAAUCUUUACACAGCAUACGGGACUGGUAUAUUCGCUACUUUCGCAGUUGUGAUAGUUGGACUGGCAUGCAUAGGGGCAUCAUCCACUUCGUAUAGGUCAUCAUUUUCCACCAUACUACGAACAACCCGAAAUGAAGAGCUGGACAUGUUGGUGCCCCGUGGAGAGACAAGUGGAGCGGAGCCGUUAUCAAACCAUUUAGCCAAGUCCAAUCUCAGCUUUCAGUACCAUGCCGCUGUUCAGGGUGCCAACUCAUUUUUUGACGAUAAAACAUCGGCAGCAUUUAUGGUUGUGAAGGGAGAACGUCCCAGUUAUGAGCAGUUGGACCAGAUACAGAAUCAUUCUAGUUUACGAGUUGCCAGCUGAGUUUCAGGCAGACAUGCAAGAGAUCUUAAAGACCUACACAUAAUUGGGAUUGAUGAAAUAUAUAUAAGAAGCGAAUAUUUUUUAAGAGGAAUGAUCAAUUCUUUAUCGAUGCGCCCGACAUCUUUGUCAGCAUGGUAAAGCCGCGAUAGAGAGAGCUAAUUUACCGCUGGCAUCACCGAAGAUGGAUCAGCAGAAUAAAAAGAAAUCAUCUCUUACGUGGCUAUCAAGUGCUAAAAAGGAUGACAAUGACUGCAUUACAUGAUAAAGAGAAG